GUCAGUUUUGUCCUGGCGAACAUCUCAAAUCACUGCAAGACAGACAAGAUGCUGCCUCAUCUGACCUUCAACAAUGUGUCCUGGAUGCUGCUCUACUACCUGUUCAUAUUUCAGGUACGAGGUGAAGACUCCCAGAAGGCAGUGCCCUCUCCACGAACCAGCUGCCCCAUGGGCUCCAAGGCUUAUCGUUCUUACUGCUAUACCUUGGUCACGACACUCAAAUCCUGGUUUCAAGCAGAUCUGGCCUGCCAGAAGAGACCCUCAGGACACCUUGUGUCUAUUCUUAGUGGAGGUGAGGCUUCCUUUGUGUCUUCCCUGGUGAAAGGCAGAGUGAACAACAACCAAGACAUCUGGAUUGGGCUCCAUGAUCCAACAAUGGGUCAACAACCCAAUGGUGGUGGAUGGGAGUGGAGUAACUCCGACGUACUGAAUUAUCUCAACUGGGAUGGGGAUCCUUCCUCUACUGUCAACCGUGGUAACUGUGGCAGUCUAACAGCUACCUCGGGGUUUCUGAAGUGGGGAGACCCUCACUGUGAUGUGGAAUUACCUUUUGUCUGCAAGUUCAAGCAGUAGACCUGCAGCAUCCUGAGUUUAUCAUGAAGUCACCGUGACAAGGGAUGAAAUUCAAGAAUUCACCCAGCAAGGCUGUACUUGCUUCACAUCAGACUUGCUGUUCUGGUUUUCCAUCUUCCUUCAUCCAUUUCCUUCCCCCUAUUUCAGGCUUUUUUGGUAUAGUUCCUGCUUUGCAAUCUUGAAGAUAAAUAAUACAUAAAAUCUUUUAUUUU